AUGCCUCUCACUUUGCUUACGGCAGCCAGAAACGAAUAUGGACGAAAGAAGUAUAAGCCAUUCGUUGCACUCGUAAGGGAAGGACUGAAGCGUCUCAAAAUCAAGGACAGACCUGAGACUGAGGAACCAACAUGUGCCGACAACAACGAGGAUGUCACUGUUAUCCUCGAGAAAAAAUUCGAAAGCCCUGUAACUCGUCCAGCAGAAAUGUCGAGUAGCAGUAGGAAAAGGAAGAUAAUGAGUUCAACUUCUGUAGUAUCGAAAGUUGAAGACAUCUGCGUUUCUAGUGAUGAGCAAUGUGACAAGCAGUUUGAAGAUUACAAGGGGACAAACGGUGCUAAUAAAUCGAUAUUGAACUUGUACAGCAGUAGCAAGAAAAAUGAUGUUUCAUCUACUCCGAAUACUCGUACAGUCACUUCGAAAAAGAAGCGAACUGGUGUAUCGAAUCACGCAGAAGUCUGCCGUCUCGCCAUGCAUAUGAAGCGUCCACACACUUACAGUAUGCUUGGAGUUGAACCACCGAAAGGGUUUCUUGUUCAUGGACCACCGGGUUGCGGAAAGACCUUGUUUGCACAGGCGGUGGCAGGGCAGUUCGAUCUACCGAUGAUACAACUUGCUGCCACAGAACUGGUCUCGGGUGUGUCUGGUGAUACUGAGGAAAAGAUUCGUCAGUUGUUCGUCAUUGCUAAGCAAAGUGCACCGUGUGUUCUGAUACUUGACGAUAUCGAUGCGAUCGCUCCGAGACGUGAAACGGCUACUCGAGAAAUGGAGCGGAGGGUGGUCAGCCAGUUAAGCAAUUCAUUAGACGAACUGCAUGGGCCAACGAAGGCGAAGUCAAUCAGCGAGAGAAUUUCUAUAGCACAUGAUGGUGAAGUGGUCUUGAAUGACGAUGAAAGUAAAGGGCACGAACAUGUUUUGGUGAUCGGAACAACAAGUCGCCCUGAUGCCAUGGACGGUGGAUUGCGCAGGGCUGGUCGAUUUGAUUGUGAAAUUUCGCUUGGCAUUCCAGAUGAACAGGCGCGUCAGAAAAUCCUUCAAACCAUUUGCAAACUUCCACUCGAUGAGGACGUUAACAUGAAAAUGGUAGCGAGACUAACUCCCGGCUAUGUUGGGGCGGAUUUAAGCGCUCUGGUAAGGGAAGCGGCAAAGUGCGCGAUCAACAGGAUAUUCGAUACUAUUGUGAAUCAUAACUCUUCAAAGCGCCAAAUGACUAAUGAACAGAUCAAGGAAGAAUUAGAUAAAGGCUCCACGGAGUGUGCCACAGUGUAA